GGGGACUCGACAGACCAGGAAUAUGAAAUCACUGCCGACAUGAUGGUUCACGAUCUAGACGAUGAAACAACUAUGGAGGAGGAAGAACUUUUAGCGGAUAAAGAAGAAUUUAACGAAGAUGAAUUAUCAGAGCUGCAAAAAGUAACACUUUGUAACGUUUUGCUCCUAUACAUGUAUUUAUCUGAAACUUAAAAAUCAAUUUAUAAUUUGACGUACUUGAUCAGAUGAAGGGACUGUUCUUUAACUACAUGUAUAGCUAUAGGGUGGUUGUUAUUUACAGUACCUCUCUUACUAGACAUGUGUCUCAUCUUGAGGGACAAAUCUCUCUUUAGAUGAGUCCUUUCUCAAGAGAAUCACUGCACGGUUCACAUUAGCGCUUGCUGAUGCGAGUGUGUAACCUUGUCAGAGGAGUAGAAAUUAAAGAUCACUCUCCUGAAGUAAAAGUUUAAUCUUUAGUGUCUGUAACCGAUUGGUUUUGACCAGAAACUCCUAAGUGGUUGAAACAUGUUACUCUCACAUGUUUGUUUUGUCAGAUGCUUAUGAACAUUAAUUUUCACAAAUACUAUAUUUGGAACGAGAAUAAAAGAUAACAGACCAAUCAAACUUCGUAAACAAUGUGAGGUAUUUUCACUCCACAUUCCUGUACCCACUGUAGUCAACAGUUACUGGGACCGUUUAACGACUUAUGCACAGACUCAAGCAAACCUAACUAUGAGAUAAUGACUGGACAACCGACAAUUUGACGAAACGACUGUUUAACUGUGACAACAGACGGAUCGAAACACACCAAUGACAUCACGGCUUAAUUGACAGAUGACCAAUAACAUUGCAACUUAAUUGACCAAUCAGGUCAAUAACCAGAGUUAAAUAACAUCAACUGAAGUGAUACAACUCGCUUUGACUCUGAAGAUGAAUACAGCUGUAUCAUACAGGUUGUUGAAACAUCAGUCACUGUCAACAACAGUCCUGUUCAGGAUUACAUUCACCCAGACGAUCAUACUCAACCUACUUAUGAUGUUGUGAUUCUAUUCACAUUCAUUCUAUUCCAGGAAAUGUAUAAGCAGAGCUGGAACUUAACUCCAGUGCUUGGUGGCCAGCCAGGCCAGUUUCCUUGAAUUCUUAAUCACCCAGGUCAAUAUUAAGUGGCCCUGGAUUUCCAGUAUAUUUGAAGGAAAAAGGAAUGUGCGUAGUCUUCAUGGAAUCCCUUUCGUCCAGCUGUUUUGAAAUGUUUGUGAUCUUUUGUUUUUUUUGUAAUUUCUGUUUGAUUCCUGCCCAUCUUCCUUAUGUUGUGUUUUUUUUUUCAUUGGAGGCAGCUCACAAUCAGAGAUAAAUCUCCACAUUUUACCGGUCUUUUCCAGUUGAGUUAGUAUUCCAAAGCUGCCAAGGAAGUGACAGCGAUGAAAGUAGACAGCAAAGUGCUAUGUGUAAGACUUGAGUCACGUGAGAAAUAUCAAAAUAGCAUCUCACGGGUUGGUUUAAUCCUUUUCCAUUUAAAACAAUAAAAUGUUGAUAGGACUUGGAAAAAUUAGAUGCAGGGCAAAGAAAGAAAGGUAGUCCAACUAAACAACUUGUCAUUUUAUUUUCAUUUUAAGUUCGUACUUGCAAUCGUAAUAUAAGCUUAUCAGACACGACUUUCUUUGCAUGCUGGUAACACAGUCAUUUGACUUGUAUACUUAAGAGUACAGAAUCAAAGCAGUGAGCCACAAGAAUCAGAAAAAAUUAUGUUGUUAGUAAAAUGUACAUUAGAUUUCUAAUAAAGUUUUCGUUAAUUUUUUAAAAAUUAUCUUUAUAUAAACUUUAUUUUGAUAUACUAGGUGAUCAGUUGAGCUCAGAAUAUUUUUUCUUAAGAGAGUUCACUAUGAAGAGGACUUGAGAUACAGGAUUGAAUGAGGUAAUGUAGUGAACUCCCGCUCACUACAUUACAAGUUAAAACUACCUUGUUUCUUUUGUGGGAAAUGGCAUAAAGUAACUUGAUUUUUGUGUGAAGUACCAUGAUUUUGUCAAUCUGAAGAUCAAACAUAAUAUUAUGUCAUUGGUUUACCAGAUAUUUAGAAUUAAAAGCUCAUAAAGAAUACUAUUCAGAUUUUUUCUGUACCAUUUUUUUGCUUAUGUCUAUGUUAUCCCUUGGCUAAAAUAAUAAGUCGUGAUGUCUUGAUGAUGUGUUGUCAGUAACAGAUGAAUUGUUUCUUUGCAUCCAUAUAUGGAUCAAAUUUAUGACUUGAGCAGUUUUUAAUAAAGGAAGCAUGUAAAUUUUCAAGAAUGGACGAUGAAACUGUCAACACCUAUAAAUCAAAUACAUACAUGUGAUUUUUAUCAGAAUCACUGUAGUCACGGUCUGAGCAACACCUGUGAAGCAGUCCAAUCAGAGUUGACUUAUCACUUUAAGCACUUUGUUGCGAGAUAAUGUACAAAGCCUGGGUGGACAGCUGACAAGUUUAGGCAGCAACUCAAUCAAACUGAAAAGAUCUGUAACCUUGUCAGGUAUUAAACCCAGGGUCCAUUCAGUUGUCUUGGUUAAGUAGUGUUUAUCUGGAUCUGUAUGGAUGGGCUUGGAACUAGGAUGUAGCACUUGAUAAAUGAUCAAGGAGCAAAGAUGGCAUGGUUGGUUAGUGUGUGGCCUUCAGAGCAUGUGGUCCCAAGUUUAAUCCCUGGUGACAUCACAUUCUUGUUCAUCUAUUCUCAUUUCUGUUUAGCUUUAACAAGCUUUAAAUACAUGUACCCUUAAUGCAAAGCAUUGGUGGAGAGAGGGGGGUAAAAUGAGCACAACAUCAACCACAAGUUUGUCAACCUCUCCCUUUUUUGUCAUCCAAAAUUUGUUGCUUUGAGGAGAGAUUUUUAAUGAGGAUAGCUGGUUUAAUUUGUCUUUUCCAUUAGCAAGGAUUUUCAUGCUGGUUCACUCAUUCUUGAGUGAACUUCAACCUUUGGCCUGUCCCCUCUCAACCUGCAGUUCAGGUGAGGCUAUCCAUAUCCACAGUGCACAUUAACACAUGCAAAUGCUGCGUGGUGAUCACUGUCUGUGGAGCUAGGAAUUAGAUCAAAAGCUGGUAUGGUUGCAGACACUGCCAGAUGAUUUGCAGCAAUUUGAAGGGAUCAAUCAAGGUAGAUGAUGCAGGGUCACCCAAGAAGGUUUCAUGACAUGCUGGUGCAGUUCAAAGCUUUGUCAAGCUGUACCAAUAACAUGAAAUGAGUCAAAUAUACAACUAACUACUGCAUUUUCCUUCAUAUUUAUUUACUGAAAAUGUCAUGCAGAAAAAACAUUGGAAAAGCCAUCUCGAUGACCCUAAAUUUAAAAAUGGUCUGGGGGAACAUGCCCCCAAGUCCCCUAGUUUGGAGCCCCAAAGGUACUGUAACUUUUCUUCUCAUGUGAACACCUUCAAAAUCUGACACUACACCGCUGCAGAGGUUAGAAGCUGUGACACAGUCAUUGUUCUCAGGACUGGAAUCUAAUUUUAAAGUCAAAUCUCCCUCUAAAAUACAGUGAAAUGAAGCAAUUUUUGGCAGUUCUCCUGGCUAAUAAGAGCAAAGGGACCUUGUCAGCUUUAUUCUAGCCUUUCUGAUUUGACAGCGAAACAAUGAGUGUUUUAUUAAUAGUGGAGUCCAGAGCAUUGUAAGAAAAAAACACAUUAUCGAAAACAUCCUUACACUGAGACAGCAGUAGUCCAGAAACAAGAUCCGUGUUUAGGUAGACAAUUAAGUACACUGUAUGUGUUCCAGGUUUUUAGACUUUCCCAUUAUUUUAGUAUCUCUACUUCCAAAGGAGCAAUUAGUAUGUGUAAUCAAGAAAAUGGUUAGAAACAACAAGAAAGAUCCUGUUUUUUUUUUUUUUAACUUGGUAUAAUGUAAACAAACAGCGGUUUUAAAGACCUAAAAGUAGGAGAGUGAGAGCGCAAUAUAUUACAACCACUAGCAUUGCUUAUAUUUACUGAAAUACAUAAGUCGAUUCAAUUUCUUUUGUUCAUCUUUGAUAUUUUCUCACAUAAUUUUUAGUUAGUAUUAUUAACAUUUAUUUUCACAAGGGAACUGUUUUUUACGCAAUUCUUUUUUGUUUCUUAACUUAAUAGUGAGAAAAAGACAACAAAUAUUGCUUGCUUGUUGAUAAAAAGACACUAGCCCAGCAGGUCUCUUCACUAUCCCUGGGCUAUUGAACAGCGCUUUUGUCUAGCUCUAUGGUUUUGUGAAUAUGUGAAACUCCCUGUUUUUUCACCCAAAAGUCAUUUCCCAGACACCAUAAUUUGAUCCCUAAUUUUUCAACCCUCCCCCCUUUUUUUUCAAAACUCCCAAUAAUUCUACUUCUAUGUUGGUAUAAAGUUGGCAAAUCCUUCUGACACUAUGUUUUCAUGAAGUGUGCACUGCCUUUUUCUCUUCAAGGCUUUCCAACUUUUUUUGGUAACUUAUUCCCAUACAGUUGUGCUCGAUGUGCAGUUGAAAAUUUUUAACCUUUCUGUUUUGUGGAAUUAUUAUGCAUGUACUUACAGCUUUUUUGAUAAUAUUUCUCACACAGUUUGUAAAAAACAGCCAUCCUUACCUUGGUUUGUAAGGUCUUUACUUUUGACCACUUGUUCGGUCAUCGUUUAGAUUUCUACAACAAUUUGGCAAUUUGUUUUUGACUGAAUGGCCAGAAGACCAUGAAAAUAGAUGCCUGAGCUCUAGCACAAACAGUGUAGGCCUUCAUUUUCAUGAAGAAGUAGAAAAAAUAAAAGAAAACGAUAUGUAUGAUAAGUAUGGCGGGAAAACCUCGCGAACGUGUACUGUUGGGGAAAAAUUUAAAAAAUAUAUAAUUUCUUCAAAUUUUAGUUUGAAAUUGCUUUGAACGGUUAUUUAGAUAAAUUUCUUACCUGGAUCAGCUUACAUUUACCUAAAGAAGCAUUAAAAGCUUUGCGCAAAAGACAAUUUGCAAUCGGAACGAACUUUUGAAACACCCUGUAUAUGACCACAGGCAGACCACCCUAUGUUUUCAGCAUUACUGUAUAUCUAAAAAUAAAGCAAAAUGUGAUUUGAAUGAAUGCUAAAUUUGAACCAAAAAAUAUCUGUUGUAUCAGAUACAAUCAUCUGAUGUCAUGAAAUAAGAUAAGAAUAACAAUUGACAUUCAAUUGUUGUUGUUGUUGUUGUUUUGUUCCUUAUGUUUUCUUUUCUCUUUUAUUACUGUUCUAGGAGAGGGAUAUGCCUUUAGAAGACUUGUUAGCUUUGUAUGGAUACACAGAUAAAGAUACCCCUGAAGGUGAUGUUCCAUUAGAUGAAAUCAAGCCUGAUCCACUUCCACCUCUAAUUGAUGCCGGUGAGGUUGAUUUGCCUCAUCCAGGAAAUCCUUUAAUUGAAGAAAACCUUUUACCAGAGAACACAGAUUCACCUGCUGCACCGUCUCCAGACUCUCCAUUAUCAGUACCAUCACCAAGGUCUCCACAGUCUCCUCCUUCACCCAGACCAAGUAAAGACAACAACUUCUUUCCUGAGAACCAAAGAAUAACCAGAGGAUGUGAGUGCUGCUCUUUCUCUCAAACUUCUUUUUUGUAAUAUUGUAGUUUCUCUGCUUAAAUUGAAAAAAUAGAAUGUUAUAUGAAUAUAAAGGUAAGUGUAAGUUUUUACUUGUGUGUUAAUGUUGUGUUAACCAUUUUAUCUGUUGUUCAAUAUUGUUAUAUUUCCUUUUAUUACAGUGCAAAUUCUGUAACCGAGGCCAUUGAGUUGACCCUGCGAAUUACGGCAAAAUAACAAUACAUUUGAAGAAAGUUAGUUGUCAGUCAUAACUACCAUAAAAUGAAAACAACAUGGAUCAAAAUCAACCAAUUACAACCUACAGGCUAGAUGUGACCUUUUGAACUUGCUGAAGAAAGCUUGUGUUUCCUAAGAGGUCCGUAAGCGUUAGUCAUAUUUUUGUGUUGAGGUUGCAUGUUAUUUCAAAGUGCAGCAAUGGUAGCAAAGAAAGUGCCAGUAGAUUACAAAAUACUAGCUUGUGUCAAACAAUCUCUCUGGGUGUAAGAUGUAAGGUUUCGGAUAAGAAAACAUUGUCUUGUGAAACAUUUUGCUUUCUUGUAAAUGUUUGCUAUCAUAAUUUAUCUUUUGUGCUUCAAUUAACUUAUUGUUUUUAUAAGCUGUCAAGGCCGCUGCCUAAGAAAAUUUUUUGGCAGACCUUCAGGCUCCUAAAACAAAAAAUUAGCAGCCCAAGCCACAUUUCUAGGAGCCCAAUUAAAAAAGAUCAGUAACUUUAUUAACCCUUUGGUGAUUGGCGGCGAGUAGCGAAAAAACUGCAUUUUUCACCAAUUCCUCUUCUUUGGACUGGUUUUUGGCUAAUUAGCAUAGAAAUGGCUAAAAAUGAGUUUUGCAAGAAACAAGGCAUAUUUUUUUACCAAUCUGACAUAAUUAAACAGCUUAUUUGUUUUUCACACAUGGGCAAAUCUCUCACUCUUCUUUUUUCCUUUGCCUUUCUUGUUUAUUAGCAGUUUUGUGUGCCCACUUUAUCGUCCUUCUUUUGCAUGAAAUUGUGGCUGGCUAACUUUUUAGGAAAGCGGCAAAUUUAAUCUUCAAAGAGUAGAAUGUAAACAGUGAAAUUCCCAGUGGAUUUUUCCCUUUCCCUUUUUCGUGAGUGUAACUCUGACAGGAUUGGUCAGAAUAUCCAAAGGGAGGUAUCACUGGAAAGAUCUAUCUUUGAAGAACUUGUUAUUCAGCAAUUUACACCCUGUGGGAAGAGGCCAUUCGAUCUUCCUGGAUAAGUUGGGAAGGCGUGAGGAGUGUUGUGUGACGAGACAAAACCAGAACAAUACUUGAGCCUUAAACAAAUAGAGUUUCGAAACGGGAAUGUGGAGUCUUGAGUUUCGAGAAACCAACAUUUUUUAUAUUUGCCACUCAAAAGGAUUUCGAGAAACAAUUUAUUUCUCAAGAAACAUAACAAUGACCACUCACACAUACAGCGAAAGCACCGACCAACAGCACUCUCAUGUUAAGUUGUUAGGCAACAAAAAAAGGACCAACAAAAGGCUUUUAUCUGGAAGUUUGGAAAAUUAACUCAGUAUUUUUGUAUCAAGUCUAUCUUUUGAACUAUCAACUUUGAACUGUUUAUAUAUUUGUGAAGGUUUGUAUUUAUGUGCGUUGUACUCGACUGCGUAAAUUAAAAAGAGAUUGAAAUAUGAUCUUGAAUAGCCACUUUCAAAAACUGAAAUGUUUUUGCCAGUUUUUCAAAAGUUACCUCAAAUGUACAGCAAAAAAUAGGGAGGUAUAGAUAACACCAAAUAAUGAUAAAAGAAACCUCCAAGUGUACCGUUUGUGUUCCUACAAUGUAGCAAGAUAGAAAAUGCUACAAACUUGCAAAAGUUAAUAGCAUACUGAAACCACUGAUGUCACAUGUAAUUUGACACCAGCUGGCUUUUCCACGGAUUGCAAAUUUUUAUCAGUUUUUACUUCAUGCAGUAGCGACCUAGUGUUUCCAACACUGAAGGAAAAGUCGUGAUUUUAUUAUCAAAGUUUUUUCGAAGACUAUUAAAUUCAUUCAACGCCAUUUUCAGAUGAGAAAUUCCAACUGCUCUGCAGCUGAAGUCACAGAAGAGAAUUUCAAGAUAUGGUGCUGUGUGUUUACCUUCCUUCUAUCGGCAGAAUUUUUUUUAUUGCCUAUGGCCGACAAUCAAACGUUUUCCGUUGUCGUUUCAAAGCGCAGAAUGAGCAGGGAAUUUUGUUCUUUGUUCACUGGAAGUUAGCCUGAGAAUCAUAAGUUUUUGGCACCUGUUCGGGCUCCCUUUUUGAAAUUUUGGUUGCCUGAGGAUAAAUUGUAGGUCACUCUAGUGCCCGGGCACCCAUUAGGCAGCAGCCUUGAGCUGUUGAUUGGCCCAUUACUAACUUUCCUGGAAUGUAUUGUUACUUUACUGUAAUCCUAUUGCUCAAAUUUGUCUUAGGGCCCUCGUUACAGUAGUCACACAGUAAUAAAUAUGCAUUAUCAUAGCUAAAGACAAAGAAAAUUGAAAACACGACCAAAGAUAAAAACUGAACCGCAACAUAUGAUAUGCAGUGCCUUAAGACACUAUUAUCAUGAACAAAAGUGGAUUUAAUGGUCUCUGGCAAAGCAUACAUGUAACAUUUGAGUUGUCAAUGCCCAGUGCAGAUUAAAUUAUGUACAACUAUUAUAUUUUGAUCUUUGGUUUUAUAACCAUGCGACUAAAAUCUCCCCCAUAUUUGCAACAUUUUGUCAUAAAAAAUUGAAAAUAUUAUGUAACAGGCAAUCCAAAAUCUGAAAGGGUUUGUCUUUACUCAACCAUCCUUUCACAUCAGAAAAGACAGAAAAGGGGGGUCCCUUAACAAGAGAUUGGACUGUGAAGUCUGUAUGUUGUGAUUGAAGCUGGUUCUUUUAUUUAAUUUUUUAAACAAGUUUGGUUAUUUGGUGAUAGGUUUGGGUGUCUUGUGUGUCACAACAUAAUAAUUUACUUGGUGUGGUACCUCCUUAGUUGUACACUUUCCAAAGGUUUGUGAUUGGUCUUGCUCCUAAAGGUUCUUCCAUACAGGAACAGGUGAACAACUAUGAGAACAAAAAUACCCAAACCUAUAAGGCCUCUGGUUCAAUCUCACUGUACUAUUUUCUCAGGGUCUGUGUGGCCUUGAUUAAGAUAUGUGUACUGCACCAUCAUUCUCUAACUUAUAUGUCCUUCAGGUCUCCUCUGCAACAGACUUUUGCCCAGUCCCACAGGGCACACAUCAAUGUAGGGCUUGUGUUCCAUCUGGGGAUCAAAAUAUGCGUAGAUGAUGUCUUAACUUAGCUGGAUCUUGAUUUCCUCAAAAUGCAUUGGAGCUUUCUUGCUUCCACUCAAAUUUUCUGGGCAGUAGCUCAUUACAUUUGCCAGCUGCUGUCUAAUACUUUCGAGCUUCUAUGAAUUGUGAUGUAUAUCUGAUGAUACAGAGGAAUGAUUUAACUUUUGCUUCAUUUUCACAGCAUCCACCAGAUUUAAUGCUUACAUAUGUCUGGGAAUACUUCAUCUUUUCAAAAAAUGAAGCUGUAGUAACCUCACAAACUUUACUGAACUUUCAUGUUGCUCAAUAGAAUAUCUAUCCUGGUGGGAGAAUAGUAUUGAUCCAUUUAGCUCAUUGACCAUGUCGUCAGUCGUAAGGAGCUGUUUGUGUCUGUGUUGUAUUGCCUGAUUUGGCAUACACAAGUCUAUGAUCUAGCAUAUUUGACUGUGACUUUUAUUGGGGGUACACUCAUCACAUUGGCUCACUGACUUUUUCAAUGAUUGCUUGAUUUAUAAGCUGUUGGUGUGUGCUGAAUGGUUUUCAGCAUGGUGGCUGUGCAGGCAGCUUAAAAUCAGGAUCUACAUUCAAGCUGAAUGCCUUUAAGUUUUUCAACUCCUUGACACUAGGCCUUUGAGCUUUUGCAUCAGAAUGUAAUGGUCAGUAGGAUUGAAUGCUUUCUUACAGUCAAAGAGCACAACUCCUGCAGUUGAUCCAUCACCAUCUGUUGACUUUGCCCAAGAGUGAGUGUUACCAAUAAGUGCUUCCAUGGUACUGGAUCUGGUAACAUUCCAAACUCCUGUUGGUUGAUGUUUUUGAGAAGAGCUUUCUGAACCUACGUGCCAACAACUCACUCCUCUACAGUCUUUGAUAGGAUGGAUGUCAGGGAAAUGGUAAUGUUUGUGAUGUUGAUGCCUUGCAAAGGUUUUGCUUGAGCACUGACUCAUCUGUUUCUUUCCACUAAGGUGAGAGACAACCCUCAUGAAAAGGUGAAUUGAGAAAGUCUAAAAUUGGCAUUGCCAGUACUGCUGCGUUUUCUUUAAAUACCUACACCAGAAUACCAGCAGGACCAUGCACUUUACUUCUGUUCAGUGUGAUCAAUUUCUUGAAAUAGACUCUUCUUGGUAUCUGACCAGUAAAUUGCACAGGCAGUUUUGCAAUUCUUUGAACUUGUUCUUUAGCAUUUUGAUGGCUCCUUUCAAAUCCAUUCCCCAAUUAUCAAGCUGUCUGAAUAUAUCAAGGGUGGCUUUGCCCAUAAAAUCUAGGAUUUGAUAGCAAUACCUGAUACAAAUAAUUAUUAUUACCACCCCUCAGCAGAUCUUGCAUGAAGUCUCUUCCUUACAGACAUGUAACAUGACUUGUACCAUCAUAUCAUUUUGUAAGCAAUUUUUUCGGUAGUGAAUGACCCUUAUUAAUUUGCAAAGAAUUAAUUUACUACAAACGUGUCCAAUUCUUUUGUUGUCUGCACAUUUUUUACCAUUAUGCAUCAACAUCUGUGGACUUGAUAUACUUCGUGUUUAAAAACUUCACUGAUUUCACCCCAGGUAGCUCCUAGACGAAAUUACUUUUGUUGAAAAUUUUAAGCCUGUUGAAUUCCCUAUUGUGUUCACAUAAACUAAAAAGAAAAUGUGUCAAAAAAUAAAGAAUUGAUACGGUCAGUUUCAACCUUGGCAAAUGAAUGUGAAAGGUGCCGCACCUUUCACAUUCAUUUGCAUGUCAUGAGUGUGGGACAAAGAAAAUAACUUGUCUCCCCAACAGAUGACCUCCUGAACACUGGGUGUGUGCUCUGUCCACUGAGCUAAGGAGAGACUCGAACAUGUAUACUUGGUUCAUUAUGAACCUUCUAAAUGGCUGUGAGUCUCUCCCUAGCUCAGUUGACAGAGUAUAUACCCAGUGUUUGGGAGGUCAGGAGUUCGAAUUCUGACAAGGAUUCAAGUUGAUUUCUUUGUCCCUCACUCAUGACAUGCUUAUUAUUAAUUUUUUCACAAAAUUUGUCAUUUUUCAUCAGUACUUUUUUGGAGAACUUUGGUCUGUAAUUUCCUUGUUUCUCUUAUCAAUUAUGGUCAUUAACGAUUGUUGCCGAACUUAUUGUUGUUUCAGAUACAGAGCAAAAUCAUGUGCUAGUCAGCAGUCUGGUUUUUGCGGCAAUGCUCCUUAGUUACUCUGUGCUGCCAGACUAAACAUUUUGGAGUAAAGUUAUUCCAUAUUCUUUGCAUAAUUUUGUUUUCUUUACCAGUGGCUGCUGCUUACAGUUAUUUUAAUUUGGGCGAGAGUUCAUCAUCAUCAGAUGAUGAGGAUUACUCCCCUGAAGACUGGAAGAAGGUAAUGAAUGCACAUGUUUUCUCUGUAAAGAGGUUUUCCUGCUUAAUUAGUAAUAGUAUGGAAGUCAUAACAUGCUAUAAGCAGACCGUCAUAAUUUAUGUCAGACUUUUAAUUUAUGACAAGCAGUGUGGUAUGUAGUUAUAGCUUGAAAGUAAAUUCGUUCAAGGUUGAUUGAGCUUUUAACCUUUUUUGAAUUUGAAGUAACCGUGAUAGGCUACAAAAAUAGCAAAAAUAAUGCCCCUUAAUGUGCAUUCUCAGGCUCAAAAGGUAUACUUUAUUUCAUUAUUCCUGUCACCUUGAAUGGUUGGAAUGGCACAAUACAAUGUAGUAGGCAACUUGCAUUGGAGCAAAAAAUUGCUACAUUCUCAAGCUAAUGUCAGGCCUUCUGAUAUUGCAGUUUGGAAACAAUGGGAAAUUAUGGGAGUUUGAGAAGAAUUCGUUAUGUGACAAAAAAGGACUGCUAUGUAAUAAUAACGUUUAUUAGUAAAAUCCAACUAGUGGUCUAUUAUCAAUGCUGUGCUCUGAUUGGUUGAGCUACUACUAGGCUAUAUGUUAUAGCCCACAAAUAGCGAAAAGCGCCAGCUUUGAAAACCAAAACAAUGGCGGCUGAAUCGCGUUUUGCUAGCUAAAGUUGUUUUGUCGCGAUAUUUUUGACCAACUAGUUGGAUUUUUUUAAAACAAUUAUUUUUUCUCGCCCUCAUGGCCUUUGAGUCAAUAGUCCAUUCGGCCUUCGGCCUCCUGGGCUAUUGACUAAGAGCCCAUUCAGGCUCGAGGAAUAAUUGUUAAUUAGUAUCAAAGUGUAAUUGUUUGGCAUUGCACACUUUUUGCACAGCGCCACUGGAUCAGAAGAUAUGAAUAAGUUAUAUAACAAGGUGAAGUAGACUGAUAUGACAGGGAUGUCAGGGAGCUGUUUUUCUACUCAAACUUCUCAUAGUUGGGGAAAGUCUCCCUUCUGGUUAAUAACAGCUGUUCUCAUUUGUUCUCAAUAUUCCUUUUAAACAGGAAAUCCAAAUUGGAUCUGAUCAUCAGGCUGAUGUUCCAGAAGCGAUGGGCCCAAGCUAUGACGAUGGUAAGGUUAUGAGCUGUAAAGUACUGGCAAAUCCCAUUAAUACAAUUACAUGUAAGAAAUAGAUUUUAGCCAAGGCUAAAAACAAAGCUCCUGAAAAGAUACUUCUAAUUUACUUUAAGCAAUAAUUCUAAAAAAUAUUGCAGUCUAACAAGAACGAAUUGAAGAAAAUAAAAGACAGUCUCCCCAAGCGUAUCAAAUACAAGGCAAGGCACUUGAAGACCCUAAGAUUCAAGGUCAAACAUUUUCAAAUUCGCUCUUCAAGUCAGCAAGGAAUCCUAGCACAUCAAAACUGAAGGUUCUGGGGGGCAGGAUGGGACAGUCAAAAAGAUGUGUUGUUUUCGGAUCUGGUCUCUCACUGGAGGCCAUUAACAGUGGUACAUUCACAAAGAGACAGGGUUUUGACAGGUCAUGGAAAACCUGAAAGUCAUGAAAUUUAAGAGUUUCAUUUUCCAGACCUUGAAAGUCAUGGAAAUUAAUUGUUGAUCAUGGAAAGUCAUAGAAAUUGAAGUUGUGUAUGUUAGAUUAUUUACUGCAGACCUCAAAACAAGGACAAGGUAAGGUAGAGAGAGGUAAUUAAACAGUUCAAGUGGCUCACGUUUUGGUGGAUAUCAAUGUGUAAUCUGUCGUACUAUGAAUCAGGUCAAAAACUGCCAUAAAGUAAGGAUAGUUUUGAAAGUUUUUGAAAAAGACAGCUAUACCUGAAGUCAUUGAAAACAGGAAAUAGUCAUGAGAAAAGUCAUGGAAAGUCAUGGAAUUUGAAGAGAUAAAAAGCGUACGAACCCUGAGAGAGCGAUCCCUUGCGCUACAAGUGAGUUGUACCUUCCCCGGGGUCGUCUUGAUCCUGUCAUCAUUCUAUCAAAGAUUAUCUUCCAAGCCAUUUGCAAAUCCAAGGUUGACUGGGAUGACCCCAGGUGUUGAUUCAUUUCUUCAUAAACAGGGGUUGAAAAUCGUUCACGGUACUAGGAAGGUUGGAGUGGUAGAGCUGAAGAGGCAUUAUUUCCGUGGGUUGUCAUUAUCCGAUUUACGAGGCGUUCAACUCCACGGGUUCGCAAAUGCUUCUGAGAAGGCCUAUGGAGGAGGUGUUUAUUUGCGUGUUAAACUAACACUGGAACUGUCCUCACCCAACUUGUCCCGUCCAAACCUCGAGUUGCCCCAUGCCUCGUUGGUAACUUAUGAGUGCUCUUAUUUUAUCCCGACUGAUCAGUACUGUCUUGACAGCUUUUGAAGGAACAUUGAACAUGGAUUUUGUACUUUGCUGGUUGGACUAUCAAAUUACUCUGAGGUGGAUUUGGGGAGUGAACAAGGAAUUUAAGACAUUUGUCCAGAACAGGGUGGUGGAGAUCCGUCGUCUAUUUCCACGUAGUGGAAAUACUGUUCUACAGAAUCCAAUCCAGCUGACAUUUGCUCUCGUGGAUCAAUGGCUUCCAAACCUUUUGCCAAUCAGAUGUGGUGGAACGGUCCUGAUUUCCUUCUCUCGAGAUCAUUUUGCUCAAUAAGAUUUUAAGAAAUCACCUCCUGUCCGAACAUCUGUAAUGAAAUUAUGCGUCAUUCAAUGUUAAGAUUAAUAGACUAACAUCAAUUAGUUCCAAUGAAAUUAUCGAACUGCCGGAAUAUACUUUAUAUGUUGCCACUCAUCGCAUGUCAUUCCCCUCAUUGAAACAAUUCCUUAUUUAUCUCAUGCACGAUAACGGAAUUUUGCGUGAGACCUUUGGCUCUCGACAACUGACGGCAAAAAUAUUGCCAGUGUUGGCUGUUGGCCAAACCCGUCAAUUCCAAUUAUUUUUGACAUAUUUUCCUUCAAAUUUCUGAAAAUCGUCCGGCUUCUAAAUAAAAUAAAAAGGCUAAGAUUUAUAAGUUUAUUUUUUGGGGGGAAAUUAUCCCUGCGUUGCUUUAAGGUGAUUCCCUGGUUUUGCACUGCGCAUCUCUUACUGCGCAUAACAAGAUGGCCUCCGUAAAAAAGAGCAUGUGAAGUAACAUUAUUAAAAUGAAGUUGACCGAAGAGAAACGCUAUUGCAAUUUUUGCUUGCGGUUGUUUCUUGCCGAGGUGAGACUCAAUGUGGUGGGAAUGUGCAUAACGUAAGCAGUACGCGUGUUGCUGAGUUCGACUUCCUCACGGAGAACCUCUAUAGUGGAUGUUUAAUUUGUGCUUAUUCACUUUGAUUUUCAUUUAAACGCUAUCUCUAUCACAUUGUGUCCUAAAUGUGAUAUCUCGAUGUAAAUUCUGUAAAAACGGAUUUUUCAAUACUUUCUUCCCCCUUUCCCAUACAUUCUAUUUUGAAACUCGCCACAGUCCUCUCUCAAAAAUCAAGGAAAAUGCAUUUUGUGCGCACUUUCUGCAGCUCUACCGCAAAAACGAGUACGGUGACCCCCAUUUUUUAUUUCAUGAUUUUAAUUAGGACAGUGCUUCCUUUCAGAGAGAAAAAAAUUGGCACAAAUCUAUGUUCAGUUUUUCGGCAAUGUUACUAAAUUGUACGGAUUGAGCUAUCAUGUGUCGAAUAGCGCGUGUCCAAUUUAAUUCUACUUUGGAGCGUAAAGUAAAAACAAGGGCAUUAAAAGGCAUUUUUCUGGUACGUAAGUGGAUAAACAAUACAUCAAAGUCAAAUUCUGUGCGAUACUACAUGCAUCAUUGAAAAAAUCUUUCCUUUUUGUCUAGUUUUGGGCUGAAGGCGGUUUUUGUCAAAGGGUCCAAAAUAGCCGUAUUUGUCAGCAUUGUGAGGUCAAAACGAGCACGGUGACCCCCACUUUUUAUUACCUUUUUAUCAUCUUCUUGACUUGUUACAUCACUGUACCAAGUUUCAUCUAUAAUCUAUGUUAGGUUCUUUUACUAGGGAAUCACCUUAACUUGUUCAUCGCCUCUAAUUUCUUCGUCCCGCGCUGUUGGGCAUUGUGUUUCUUUUUUGCAACGUUU